UGAUUCAGUGGAUGCCCCGACAGUCCCCAAUUUUACUAUCUUUCCACGCUCCUCAGUGGACUGGUCUAAAAUACCAGAGAAAAACCGCCUGAAGGUUCAGUUGAUGGAUACCUGUGAUUCGGUGAAAUUUCAGUGCCCAGUUGAUCCAUCGUUCGACGACAGUAGUCUAGACGCUAUAGGCUUGCACGGAAUGAUCCACGGGGAUGAUUUAUUUGGAUCGACCAACAAUUGUACGGCGAUCGUUCCUUUCAGCCCACCACACGCGGCUACCGAUUCUCUCGCUAGCGCUACCCAAACCGGUGAUUGUUCGUCAGCUCCGCGUGAUGCUAACGGCGUCGGUUUCGCAGGUCUGGUCAAUUCGGGAAUGACGUGCUACAUGAACAGUUUAUUGCAGACACUAUACAUGACACCCGAAUUUCGCAAUGCUCUGUACUGCUGGCGCUUUCAAGGCACUGAGGCAGAAGCUGUCACCAGCAUACCCUACCAGCUGCAAAAGCUCUUUGUCCAACUAUACGCUACCAAGAAUACCGCCGUUAGCACAACUGGGGUCACGACAUCUUUCGGUUGGCGGACCACAGACGUUUUCCAACAGCAGGAUAUCCAUGAACUCUGUCGAGUUAUGUUUGAUGCCUUAGAAAAGAAACUGGGCACCGGAAGCCUGAACCAAACCCCGUCAUGUACUUCAACUCUUGGUUAUCCGUCUUCCGCCGAUUCCUCUAUUCAUGCACCGACGCAUGAUCUGAUCAAUCGACUCUACCAGGGUGAACGGUCUGACUGUGUACGCUGCAUGGCCUGUAACCGUGUCAGUUGUCGCCCAGACACGUUUCUUGAUAUACAAGUCCCCCUUCGACCGUUCGAGAUAAAUGCUGAACCAUAUGAUAGUUUGGAAACUGCUUUUCGCGCGCUUAUCAAGCCGGAACGCCUCGAUGGGUCCAAUCAAUACUAUUGUUCUCGAUGUCAAACCAAACGUGAUGCCGAACGGGUUGCUGCAUUUCACCGAAUGCCCUAUUUGCUGACAUUACAACUGAUGCGCUUCACCUUUGAUUUGACUACAAUGAACCGAAUCAAAAUCAAUGAUCGUUUCACCUUUCCUUUAGACCGAUGGGAUUUAUCAGAAUUUAUCACGGCUGCCCCACAGGACCAUGCUAGCUAUGAAGAUGAGGAAUCCCUCGAUGAUUGUGGCACAGAGGAUGGCACCGACUAUAUAGAGACCGAAAACGAAUACGAAGUAGCCAGUGGAGCGGCAAGUUCGAACGGAAGGCUGACUAAUGAUCGUCACGUGCAUCGGGUAGAGGACGAAUUCGAAGAAAUGGACAUUGGGAAUGGGGAUAGCGGGGUCAACAGCUCAACCACUGACAGCCCGUGUGACGCCGGAUUCUCCGGAAGUCCCACUGGGGAGUCUUCAAACAACGAGGAGCCUAUCUUGGAUUUCCCUCAACCGAAUGGUGAAAACCGCACAAUCACGGCCAGUUUACCAUCUGGCUUAGCCUUCGAACGUGCUAUCGGUUCAGCUGUUCGUAACCAUCCUAGUCUGAACGGAAUUCAAACCGAUCAUUCCGUGGAUACUGAUGAAGACGACGGGUUUGGAACUGGUGAUGCGCGCUCCGCCUGUUCUUCGACCACCAACUCGUCUUCUGUAAACGGCAGCCACGUAAAAUCUGCAGACGAUGCUAAACUGGGCUAUCCGAUUCAAGCUAGAAGUAGACACAAAUCAAACUCCGGGAGAUGGGCAGGAACUGAUGAGCCUACACCUACAAAGGAUCGAAAAUCGUUGGCUCAUGAACUUUCUGCUCGUCAUGAGCUUCAAAAACCCUCGUCAGUUUACGAACUUUUUUCUAUCAUGGUGCACUCCGGUUUCAUAAAUGGUGGACAUUACUAUGCUUAUAUCAAGUCGUUUACUGAUAAUCAGUGGUACUGUUUCAACGACAAGACGGUUUCCCGUGCUGAUCGCUCAGAUCUUGAAGAAACCUUCGGUUCAAGUCAGGCAUAUACUAGCCGAGCGAACGCCUACUUUCUGAUGUACCGGCGUGUUGACCCUGCUGUAAAUGAGGGAUUUCUUCCUCCAGAAAAGUUUCCUCAGCACAUCUGUGAAAUGCUGGAAGCAGUUAGACAAGAAGAAGCCGAAUCACAACGGAGGCGUGAACUAGAACUGUCUGUGUGCAAAUUUGAAGCAUUUACACGUUGUCCAGCUACGCAACAAACGGUUCAAGCUGUUGUCAACUUGUAUAAAGACCAAACCAUGGCUGAAGCAGCAGAUAUUGUGCGCCAGACCGAUUCUGCUCAACCAUCGCCAUUUGAAGUUUGUACCAGCGAACCGAAUGCAAUCGAAAAUGACGCGGCUAGCCUUGUUACUGUGGGCGAAUUUGCCGAGAACAAACGACUUUAUCCUUUUAAGUUGUGGCUAGAACAUUGUCUCAAUGUUCCUGGUGCGACCAAUUCAAACGGAUCAAAUGCCGUAGUAUCGUGGAAAGCCUAUGAACCAAAAGGACUUACCAUUCAAUUGUCCAGAGUCGAUAUAGGUCAGCGAUUGGUAUAUUCACCGCUCAAGCUAUGGUUUUCCUCCAUGGCAACCGUUGCGGAACUGAUGAACGAAACCUGGCAGCUUUUCACAGGUCCUCGUGCCACAGUUUUACCAAACGACAGUGGAGACGAAAUCUCAUCUUGUCGUCCUUGUUGGAGUGCUCAGUUCCAACUCAUCGCUGAUCAGUCCUGUCAUGGCUCACGAGACCGGUGGAUUCAACAGGGUUUCCCAGAAUGGGCUUUCCUGCUAUCUUCUGAUGUCCAUCACAAUACAAAGUUGGCUUCUCUCUUCACUGAAAGCAUUGUGGAUUUGUCCAACAGCUACAAUUAUCAAAAGGGCGAAACUGCUCGCGUUUACGUAGAUUUAGGUCCUGAAUUCGACAACUUGUCUGGCCAGUGUUCAAAUGAGGACAGGUUGUCCAUCGACAGUGAUGCCAAGCGUGGUCGCUGGCAAUCCGGUGUGCCAGAGUCACUUGACCCACGAACUGAUUCCCACCGCCUGCAUCACCUCGCGAAAAUUGUUGAUGAACAUCUGUUUGUCAUAGAAGUUCCUCUGCAGUAUCCGACCCAAAGUGAAAUUGAAUUAGCGCUAGUUCAGUGGCAGCUCCUCUAUUCGGGCUCUGUACCAAUGGAUUUGGACGACUGCCUACCCACAUCCUCCCCAGUUACUGGUGGCGAUGAGUCCACUGCAGAAGAGUGUCACACCACGUUAGCUGAACUCACAAACCCGGCUGCAUGGUCAGAUUUGUUGCUAAAAAACAAACACUGCGGGACAGGGGGUUACCAAGUAUCUACAACGGCUAGCAACGUCAGUUCGACGGAUUCUGGUUGUUCGGUGGCAGCACAUUGUGGCAGUUCGGAACAAUCGGCUUCUCCGUUUGGCUCCCCCCGUCCAUUGUGUCGACGGCGAACCAACUCUCAGUCACAUUUGGAUCAGCUGAAGACAGAUGAACAGCGCCUGCAACGGCGAUCACUCUCCUCGUCCUACACAAACCUACCCUUACAAGGAGAGAGGGCAAUGUCUGUUGACACAGCAGACGCAUCUGGUGUGCUAACAAACAGUCUAUCUGUAAACAAACAGUGGUUGACAGACUCUUUGAAACCUGUGAGGCUUUGUAUCUUCGAACCUGCUUCGAUGGAUUCCUUAUCACCGUCUUCAACCAGUGAUGCCAUGCAAUCCCUUCGCGUGCGCUUUGAUAAGCGCAUGAGUGUUGAACAGUUUAUAUGCUGUUUAGCCAACCACCUGAAUUUGGAACUGGAUCGUGUAAAGAUUCAAUUGUCUGUAAACCAACGGAACCUCUCCGGUGACCUGGGACAAGUUACUGCCACAGAUACGCUGCGAGUAGCGAUCGAAUGCGCCUUCGACAAAGACGUGAAGAAGCUCAGUCUACGGGUUUUGGACCUCAUGGGUUUGAAGUCUGCGAGCAGUACAGACCACUCUAGUUCAAUCGAAACCCGAUUAUCACCUGUGUGGGAUGAUCGUAUAUCACUGUUCUGUCGAGCAAGUUGGACUGUCGACCGAAUCCUCGCUUCUGUUGCCAUACUCCUCCGGACAGUUCACCAUCUUGAUCUUCCCGUUUCUAGACUGCGUUUGCGAAAGUGCGGUUCAAUUGAACCGACCCCUGGUCCCAUGCUCAGUCCCGGUGACGUGUUCUCCACCUUCUAUAACCCACACCAAGGGCUAAUGGUACAGUUCAUGCCUACGGAUCCCACUGAGAUUGAUAGAUCAAACCUCAGCGAUCAGGAGAUUGUGACGAAAAGUCGGAUCUCACCUCCGUCAGCAUCAGCUGGUUUUGUGUUUGCGCGUCGCUGGUAUCCGUCAACAAUGUCAUUCGACGCUCACUGGCAUGAAGUGAUCAUACCAGCUUCAGCCGAUCGUCCCACUCGGUGGGAAGUCAUCGUGAGUUGGAUGACAAAACAGUCGGGCCUACCGGCAGAUAGGCUGUCCAUCGCCCGUUGUAACUUCCCCGGAGUCACUCAACUGUGGAGCAUGUAUGACUGGUCUACUGACAGCUCCGCUUUGAUCUGGCAUUCGUGCGCAUCAUACAAUGCUCUCCUGUCACCAGUUCCGAACAACGGUCAGGUUGUUUAUUUCAAGGACUCCGAAGAAGUUUAUUCUGGGCAUAGCACUGGUAGCCCCACUGGUCCGUCUGAUCCACAAAAAUCUCAUACACACCAAGCAAAAAUGGAAUCAUCUUUCGACCCCGAUACGCCAAUAUCUUAUGGUCCGCAUUUACCGUCUACCAGCGGCACCCUUCCCACCUCCUCAAGCUAUGGCAACAUGUACUCUAUUGGUGCCACCAGGUCUGAUUACGAACAGCCUUUACGCAUCUACACUGCCGAAGAUGCUUUGCCAUCUAUGUCCUCACUCCAGCCGGCAAGCCUACGACCUUCUUCACUUCACACUGCCAAACGCAGAGAGUCUAAGACACCAUGAUUCUAUUUGUAUUUCUGCUAUCCCGGCUGAUGUUCCCAAUGUAAUCGCAUGGUUUCGACGCUUCUGUUUAGGUCUGAUGUUAUGGAAUCCCUCCGAAUUUUAUCAGUUUUUUUCGGGGCGAUCUCUUUCGGCCUAGUCGCUCCUAACUGAUUUUCUGUUAUCUCACAAAACCGACCAUUUCACAGACAUGCCGUUUUGCACAAAUGACGCGGUUACUUGGGACGACCGUUUCUAUGUUGGAGUUAUGCACCAUCUGACCGUGAUGCCCCCAUCCUCAUCCCUGUUUCAUAUAUUCCUUGAUGAGCAGAUUCGUCUGAAGUGAAUAUCAAUCGAGC